AUGUCAAAUGAAGGAGAUGGAUAGGUUUCAUUAAAGAAUAUAUUAAUAUCAAAAAUAAAAUGCCACUAUCUUUGUAAGAGAUGUUUUGGCGCAGAAUCUAAUUAAUGUAUUCAGUGUUUUUAUGGAAAUCCUUAAAAUGGGAUUUGUAACUAAUGUCCUUCAGAUAGUGUUUUACGUCCAGAACUUGGAUGUAGAACAGGAUGUGAUAUUUCCUAACCAUUUUACUAUAACAAUUAAUGUUUAUACUAUCAAAGUAUAUUUAAAAUUUAAUUAAUUAGGUUUGACAAUACUUUUCGCUGAUUAUAUUUUACUGGAAGAGAGAACUAAUAUUAAAGUUAUUCAAGAUUACACAAAUACUGAUCAAUAACCUAUUCAUUUUAGUUAUGAUGGAAGAAAGGACAUAAUAGGGUUAUUCAAAUUUAAUCAAGGAUUAGAAAGAUUGAUAAAUGAAAUUAAUUCAGAUUAUGGAACCUAUUUGAUUGGUAUAAAAGUAGAGAUUUUGAUAUUCGAUGACAUACCUAAAGGAGGUAGUAUUUCAUUAAAAAUUAACAACACUUAUAAAGGUUCUAUAUAUAAUGAUGGAACCUCACUUAAAUUUCAUAAAUUGAAAUUAAUUUCGAUAGAAUUAUUAGCUAGUUAUUAAUAAUAUACUAAAUCUAUGGCUUACUUUUUAUAAAUGUUUGUAGAUAUUCCUUAAUAUCACUUUACUUUAAGUAUUGUAGGAAAUUAUGGGUAAUAUAUAAUUAUUAAAUUUAGUGAUUCUUUUUAUUCUUGGGCUUAUGAACAACUCUACAUCACUUCAGGCUAUUGCCCAAUAAAUUGUGAAUUAUGUGAAUUACCAUUUUAAUGUAAAAUUUGUAAAUCAUCCUUUUACAAUUACAGAGAUGGUCAAUGCACAGUUUGUUCAAAACCUUAUUAAAAAUUAAAAGGUUCGUAUUGUUAAGAUGUUGAUGAUGAAACACCAUGUAUUAUUUUUAAUAUCUUUAGACUCUAAAUAUUUAGUAUAAGAAUAUAAAGAUUUAACAAAUGACCCUAGCUAAUUUUCAUAAUAUUCUAUUGUGUCAUAAAAUGGAAUAAACUUUAUGAAAGGAUCAGAUAUCUUAUAUUCCAUCUUUAACAACAUAAGAAUUUUUGGUGGUCAAUUAGUUUGGUCUUAAGUUAAAUUUUUAAGGGUUCAUUAAAUCUUUGAACCUCACCAUAGCAUAACUAUUGUAUUCUAUAUAGUAUUUGGACCAUCUUUUCCUUAAACUAGUCAAUUCAUUUAUACAAUUGAAUAAAAUGAUCCUGUAAUUAAAAAAAAAGGUUCUUCUUAAAUAACUAAAAUAUAUGAAAAAAUUUAACAUUCCGAAUCAUCAUUAAUUAUGUAAUGGGAAUGUUAGGGUUCACAAAAUGAACCAUAUCAAGCAUAUUGUGGGUUUUAUAAUUAUUAUAUAGCAGUUCAUUAUUGUAAACCUUAUUGUUCAAAAUGUAAUAAUUAAGAUGAUUGUAUUUAAUGGAAUCCUAAUUAUGAUCCAAACAUUGUUAAAUUUUCUUAAGCAGAAUGCAAUAAUAAUUAAUAUUUUGAUUAAAGAUCUCUAUAAUGUUAUUCAUGUCCAGAAUAAUGUUUAACAUGUUUAUCUUAAUUUUACUGUUUAACAUGUUAAGAAUCAUUUAUUUAAUCUAAAUUAGGAUGCAUAUGUAAAACAAAUUAAUAUGAGUAAUCAAACUAUUGUUAUGAUUGUCCUAUUGAAUGUGAACAAUGUUCAAGUUCUAAAUGGUGUACAGAAUGCUCUUUAAACCUUAAUCGUAUUUAGUCUAAUGGUAAUUGUGUUUGUAUCAAUGGCUAUACAUCUUAUUAAUUAGACCCUUUUUGUUAUAAAUGUUCAACACUUCAUUGUCAUAUUUGCGAUAAAGUAAACGGAUUAGAAUGCUACUCUUGUCAAAACGGUUACCGAUUAAUCGAAAACAAUUGUUUCUCCAUUUGUGGUGAUGGAAUAAUAACUGAAGAUGAAUAAUGUGAUGAUGGUAAUUUGAUUAAUGAGGAUGGCUGUCAUUCUUGCUUAUAUAAUUGCUAACAUUCAUGCUAAUUUUGUAUUAAUGGAAUAUGUGUAGAAUGCUAUGAUGGUUAUAUCUUAAUAUCAUCAAAAUGUUAUUCUAUUUGUGGCCUUGAUUAGACUUUCAAUAAAGGAAAAUGUUAAACUAGUAUAUUUAUUAUUUAAAUAAUAUAGUAACAAAUUCAUUGA